GCACGACAAGGCGAGGGCUUCUCCUCUCUCUGUUGCAUGCUGGGAGGUUCACUCAUGCAAGGUUGCCUGUCGGUCCGGUGGUACUUUUCCGGGGGCCUCUUGGCACCGGAGUUUGACCACUUCCUUGAUCAGUUCGUCUUCAAGGGCAAACAGCGACCAGACCUAACCGUCGCAACAGUUGUCACAACCGAUCUCCUAAUAAACCGAUCGCCAACAUGCAGCACCGGAAGCUGCAUGCCUGGCAGCAGUGGCCCAUGGGAUGUUGCGGAUCUUGCUGCUACGCUCAUGGAGAAGUUCGGAGGGCCCGGCAGUUGCCUAUUCCACCCAAAGCUGCUGGCGAAGACCCAUGGGUCAGUCAGCAUGCAGCAGCAACAGCAACCGAGGCCCAAGCUGUUACUGCUGCCAGAGGUCCCCAAGCUGAGUGACAAACUGGGCCCAAGAGAUGUGUUGUAUCGAGAACAUGAGAUGGAGGAUUUUAAUAAGAUGUCAUGCCCUUGGAUCCAAGGGAAACCGUUUUGACGGCCGCAGCGUGCGUUUCAUCGUAUAGUUGACUGCAGGCUUAUAUUGUUUCCUUUCAUAUUCUUCUUUUGUAUGACGUGAAUGUCGCAUUAACGCGCUGCUAUGCUUUUGCUUGCAGCACGGAUCUCAAUUGUACUGUAGACUACUGGGA